CUAGAGGGGCUGCGCUUGCGGCUGGUGGAUGCCAAGGGGCAGGUGGUGGGCCGCCUGGCCUCGCAGAUAGCCACCAUCCUGCAGGGCAAGGACAAGCCCACCUACCGCCCCAACGCGGACGAUGGCGAUGUGGUGGUGGUGGUGAAUGCGGGUGAGGUGGAGCUGACGGGGCGCAAGUGGGACCAGAAGCUGUACCGCUGGCACACCGGCUACCCGGGCGGCCUCAAGGAGCGCACCGCCAAGCAGAUGGCGGCCAAGAAGCCGGACGCCGUGCUGCGCGGCGCCGUGCUGGGCAUGCUUCCCAAGAACAACCUGCGGCGGUCCAUGGCCCGCAAGCUGCGCAUCUUUGCGGGGGAGCGGCACACGUUUGAGGGU